GCAAAGGAAUGUCUUAAUGAGUAGGUUAUUGGACAAAAAGUUAACCAGUGCAAAAAUUAAGAUUGCCUGUGAAAGCUAAUUUGGGACCUCAUGUAUAAUACUGGUGGCAGCCAGUCCCCAAAGCCUUUGUGUUCCCUUCUUGAAAUUUUAUCCCAUUCACUAAACAGGAAUAAAUAUACUUUAAUAAAGUUUAAUUCCUGCAGAAACCCAUACCCAGAAAGAGAACUUGGAAGCAUUACUGGGCAAUGGCAAGAGAGUCAGUACAUCUAUCUCUGAUUUAACUACUCUCACCCUGGAAUCCCAUCUCAAAAAUUCCUGGUUUUCACUAUCUGUGACCCUUUUCCUAAAUUUCUCACCAUCACUUAGCAUCUCAUCAUCUCCUAACUUUUCCUCUCAUUCCUGCUGCUUUUCAGAGCAGAAUUCAGCUGGUUUCUCAAUUUCCUAUUUGUUUUUACUCUUUUCAGGAAGCCAUUCCUGCAGUAUCACUGAUCAUUAAAUCUCUCCUUUGAUUACAUGUAUCUUUACCCCUCUCAUAAUGCUGGACAAUGCUGACUCCAAACACAUCAACAGCUGCUGCGAUUUUCAACAUACCUAAAGAAAAGCCAGAGCAAUCUCUGUGUUGGGAAGCUGGAGAGCUGUGUGGUGAUGUAAGGAAAGGGAUGAAUCAGGUUUUGUUCAGUAACAAAAGCAUCACAGUUCUUUCCCAAGAUCCCUUGCCAGUGGGGCAUAAUCUAGAAUACAAAGAAUCGAAGUAAAUAAAAUAAAAAUCAUUGGGCUGAAUAGUGGCAGAAGAAUAACAGUUGCAUUCAGGAGGUGGAAAAUCAUAUGCUGCAAGGGAACAAGCCUCUGGUAUUUGUAUCAUCUCGCAGUGCCAGCAUUCACUAAAUAAUCCUGGAAAAGCUCCUGUAAGGAAACUACAUAAAUAAUAUUCUAACUUCCCCUUUACUGAUAAAGCAGCUGAGACAAAGACUCUAUUAGUAAUAACCUGAAAAUGUGCUUCACUUCAAACUGGAGACAUUUCCGAGUCUCCAACCGAGCUGGCAGCUCCUGAAGCAUCACUGAACUCUGGGAAUGCGGCGCUCGGAGUUGUGCCCGGAGUGGCAGUGACUCAGAAUCACAGGGAGCCCUCAAAUGCUGCAUUUCUGGGGCACAGGGAUGGCAGUGCCCAGCACACCCCCUGCCUGCUCCGCUGCAGGCACCGGUGACCAGCAAGGCAGGAGGCUGCAAACACUUGGAUGGUAUCAGGCUUGCAGAGUUUGACAUUCUCAGACAUCAGUGCCUUUACCACCUGCUCAGAACAAAUUGUAAACCCGAGAAAGGGGACUAGGAAAAAGCCAUAAAGUAUCGUAGGAUAUCAUAAAAAGAGGCUUUAAGGGAAAAGCAAAAAGCGUAACACAGAGUAAGAAUAAAAUACACUGGUACCAAAAUGUAUUUUAAGGAUUAUUCUAUUCUUAGUGGAGAAUAUGGGCUCCGCUCUAGAUUUUUUCCAAACAUGGGUUCAGUUUAGAAGUGGCGCAGAAAGGCUGGUGCAUAUUCGAGUUUUCUGAACCAAAAAUAAAUUUGGAAAACAGAACAAAUUAAGGUCCUGUAAUCUGUGCUGUUGGCCCCUUCAUAGUCUGCAGACCAUUAACAUCAGCACUAACUCUCCCCCAUUAAAGUCACUGAAUAAACAAGUAUUUAGCACCUCUCAGCCCUGCAAUGCCAUCACCUUUUGUUUUCCAACUCCUUCUUAUCACAGAGAUGUGAUCUAAUCCCUUAAUUCUCAAAGCAACCUUUUGAGGUUUCCACAGUUUUCAGCUUUAAAUGAUGAUUUCAAAGGACUCUUACCCAGCAUCUCCCAGAGCUGCUAGUGGGAAUUUUGCUCUCUUAUAUGGAGCAUGAACAGCAAUUUAGGAGAUGAGCUCCUGGGCUUCAGUACUUAUGCACAGGAGCAUAUUGCACAAAAGGAUCAGAAAUGCGUGAUGUGAACACGGGGCACGGGAAGGGAGCCAGCAGGCAUCAAUCUGACAUGCAGCCACUUCUUUUAUUUCACCCCGGAGCAUCCCGGGAUGUAGCAGUGCACAUCAAGGUGAAAGGGAACGUGCAUUUGCUUUCAAAUUUUCCCACUGCUCUUCCUUCCUCCUUGCCCUGCUAAUUUACCACAGUGCAAACCCAGAGAGCCCCACCAUGAAACACCUUCCUCAGUAUAAAGAUCGUGUUGUUUGGACUUUGAAUUGUAAUUACAUGGUUUUAGUCAAAUUACCACUUUGCAUUUAGUAACAUUAGGAUUGAGCACCACCAUGUGUUUCACAGCUAAAUAAAAUGAUGUAUUUAUCUGCACCACGUGAAUCUUGUCAAGAUCAGAGAACCUUCUAAGGAUACCAAAACAUCAGACCAGAAAGUAAAUAUGCAUUUAUAUCACUCCUCAAACAAAAAACGAAACCAAACCCAAAAUCCUACUGCCUCCUUUUCAAGAGAGCUUCCUAAAGGCCAACCAGAAAAGAAAAAAAAAACAUUUUUAACAAAAUGGCAAAUACAGAGGUGAUUCACACUGGAUGUCAUCUUUGUAGGCUGAAUUUUAAGCAGGCCUGGAGGGUGCAUAUUUUCAUGACAGGGUGUGACUUUAAUUACCAGUUGCAGCUUUGGAAGCUUUCCAGCACUAUUGUAACAUGCUGCCUCGGUGCAGAGGACGACCGUGUGUCAUUCAAGCAAAAAGCAAACCCUUGGUGACUGGGAUACAAGCAGAGUGACUGGUUUUACGUGGAUUUAGGUGCAGCCAGAAACUAAACUGGACAAGAACAGUCCUUACAAUGGUCUCCCAUUUGUAGCACUCUUCUAGAAACCAAAGUAGUGUUUUUACAUAAAACUUGAAUACAGAACAAACUUGAACUACAUAUCCAGGCAGGAAAUAUGUUAAAUUAAUGUCCUCUUAGGAAAGAGAUCAGGCUUCUACACAGGUUUUACUUAUACUGCCCUUCUCCACUGAGAUGCCCUUACAGCAGGAAUGGCUCUUCCAGGUUGCAGCAGCCACUCUGAAGAAACUUCUACUCACUGUAUAGUUGUUUACCUCUGCUCUUUUGUUCCCCUCCGUACUUAUUACCAAGUUAAACAGAGAAAAAUUAUCUAACCUCUCAACACUGCAAGACAUAAGGUAAUGGAGGACUGAAACCUUCACUUCCUUCCUCAAAUUUAACACCACCUCUACUGACACCAAGCUGAACCAGUCUCUGUCACCUCCACGUGAUUUCAAAUAAGAAACCACCCUUUCCCACAGAAUAAUGUUCUUCCCUUUAAACUAUUUCUGCAAAGCAGAGCGAAAGAGGUCAUUUUGUGGCAAAGUCUAUUUUUUUCCUUCUACAUCUGUUGCCUAAUCACAGAACCACUGCAGCUGAAGGCAGUUCCCAAAAAUCCCAACAGGAGUCUAGAAGUGUCAACAGACACCACAAUGUGUCUGUAAAGAGUUAGCUUUAGGAGCAAAGAGAGUUUAGAGUCACAUAAUCACAGAAUGGUUUGGGUUGGAAAGGACCUUAAGAGUAAUUUCUUUCCAAACCCCCAGCUGUGGGAAGACACCUUCCCCUGGACCAGGCUGCUCAGAGCUCCAUCCAACCUAGCCCUGGACACUCCCAGGGAUGGGACAGACACAGCUUCUCUGGAAAACCUGUUCCAGGGCCUCACCACCCUCACACAAAAGAACUUCUUGCUAAUAUCCAAUCUAAACCCACGCUCUUUCACUCUGAAACCAAUCCCCCUUAUCCUGUCACUCCAGGCCACUGUAAAGAGUCUCUCUCUCCAGCUUUCUUGUCAUCUCCCUUCAGAUACUGGAAGGCUGCAAUUAGGUGGCCCUGAAACCUUCCCUUCUCCAGGCUAACAAUCCCAACUCGCCCAGCCUUUCCUCCCUGCAGAGCUGCUCCAUCCCUCCGAUCAUCCUGGCGCCUCCUCUGCACUGGCUCCAGCAGCUCCACGUCCUGUCCGUGCCGGGACCCAGAACUGGAGGCAGCUCUGCGGGGUCCCAGGCGCGAUCCCUGGGCACAGAACAAUACGAGUAAACAAAAGGAAACAGAGAAUAAACUCCUUUCACAGCUGGCAGUGUAAGACACACUCAUGCCAGCAGCUGCCCGGUGCAAGUCGCCUCUCCGGCCUCCCGGGGGCCGCGGCGGGGUUCGGCCUCAGGCCGGCGCUGAGGGGGCGAGGGCUCGUCGGUGCCGCGGCGUUCCCUCCCGGUCUGCUGCGCGACCCCGCCGGGAGCAGCCCCGCGGAGCUGCCGUUUCCCCGCCCGGGGCCCGACCCGCAGCAUCGCCCGGCGCGGCCCGGGCCCCGCUCGGGGCCGGCCGUUCCCCGGGCCCGGUCCCGCGCACAUCCGGGCGCCUCCCGCUUCCGCCGCGCGCAGUUCCGCUUCCUGCGCGGCGGAGCCGGGACGGAGCCGGUCCCGCGGCCGGGGUGAGCGCCCGCUCCGCGCUGCCAGGGCGGGGGCGGAUCGGCGGCCCCGCACAGCCCGAUUUUUCAGACAGUAACACUGAACAUAUGCUUCAAGGAUGUCUCUCUCUCUCAUAAUAAAAUGGGGUGGACAGGAGUACACAAUAACCUCGCUGUCAGAAGAAGACACAGUGCUGGACCUGAAACAGUCUCUGAAGGGCCUCACUGGAGUGUUACCAGAGCGUCAGAAACUGCUUGGGCUUAAAAUGAAGGGCAAACCUGCAGAUGAUGAUGUUAAGCUUGGAGCCCUCAAGUUGAAACCAAAUACUAAGAUAAUGAUGAUGGGCACCCGUGAAGAGAGUUUGGAAGAUGUCCUUGGGCCGCCUCCAGAUAAUGAUGAUGUGGUCAAUGACUUUGAUAUUGAAGAGGAAGUUGUGGAAGUAGAAAAUAGGGAAGAAAAUCUACUAAAAAUUUCCCGUAGAGUUAAAGAAUACAAAGUGGAAAUUCUGAAUCCUCCUAGAGAAGGAAAAAAACUGCUGGUGCUAGAUGUUGAUUAUACACUAUUUGACCACAGGUCAUGUGCUGAAACUGGGGUGGAGCUGAUGAGGCCAUACCUUCAUGAAUUCCUGACUUCUGCAUAUGAGGACUAUGAUAUUGUCAUUUGGUCUGCUACUAAUAUGAAGUGGAUUGAAGCCAAAAUGAAAGAGCUUGGGGUGAGUACCAAUGCAAACUACAAGAUCACUUUCAUGCUGGACAGUGCUGCCAUGAUAACAGUGCACACUCCUCGCAGAGGCCUAAUAGAUGUGAAGCCUCUUGGUGUUAUCUGGGGAAAGUUUUCAGAAUAUUACAGCAAAAAAAAUACUAUUAUGUUUGAUGAUAUUGGCCGAAACUUCCUGAUGAACCCACAGAAUGGACUCAAGAUAAGGCCUUUUAUGAAAGCACAUUUAAAUCGGGAUAAAGACAAGGAGCUUCUAAAGCUCACCCAAUACCUCAAAGAAAUAGCAAAAUUAGAUGACUUUUUGGAGCUGAAUCACAAACAUUGGGAAAGGUAUCUUUCAAAGAAGCAAGGACAAUAACACUAAUAAAACUGUGUGGCACUGAAUUGAAGGGAACAUCACCAAGAUCAUUGGACUUUUCCUUGCUUUUGUGCUAGAGUAUAAUAGUGCUGGACACUGGACCCAAUGCCAGAACGACUGCUAAACUUGGUCUUCCAGCUGGUUGGUUGUGGGUUUUUUAAAAGAUCACAGCAAUAAGCUCAAAGUGGGAGAAACAAGUCAGUUGCUUUUUCUUGCAUUCAGUUCUGGUGUUACUUCUCAAAAUACUUUUCCUCUCCUUUGCUGCUGAAGUAUAACCAUAACCAUCAAAGACCAAAACCAUUCUGAGACUAGAAAAAAAAAAUAUUUAGACCAAAAAUGUUGAUUAAAAAGCCAACCUUGGCAGUGUAUGAAUUGUAUAAGUCCUCUAUUCCCUCCAUCUUUAGAAACAGUCUCCCUCUCCCAUUCCAGUAUUUAAGUCUAUAAAUUACAAGUUGUCUAAGUUUGGUAUGUAUUAGUAUGUCAGUGUUUCUCUGUGCAAGACAGUAAGAUGGGAAAGUACCACCUCUGUGGCCAGUUUACCCCAGUGUGUGAACUUGUACUAUAAAGCAGUGUUUACUGGAAAACAAAAGAUUGAAAUUUGAGGGAGAGAAACCCACUGUUAUUUGAUGAGUGAAAAGCAGUCUGCCUGAAAAAUCCCCGUAUCUCAGAUAAAGGGUUUAAACCUCAGAUGGGAAAGUCACAUUCCUAACAAAGCAUGAACAAAACCCUUGUUCUCUUCUAGCUAAAUCUUGUCAAAGUGCAAACACUGUGUUUAAAUACAAUAUUCAGCCAUACUGUUCUUAAAAUAUCAUUUACUUGCGCUGCUUAUGCCUGCACUAUAGAAGUGUGAUGUGACUGCUGUUUGGCAUUUCCAACACUUGUGCAUUAUGCAGUUCAUGGAUUUGAAAGAAGACUGACCCUUUCAAAUAAAAAAUGGUAUAUAUUGUUCUUAAGGAACUAUAGCAGUUGUGUAAAUAAUAAAUACCUUUUUUCAUA